GUGAAAGCUUUUCUUGUACAUAUUUGCUCUUGCAUUCUUCCUUAGGUCUUGUUAUAAAGUCGGAUUGUUAUUUAGACCUAAUUGUCUUCCAGUAUCUGUAUUCAAUGAAUUAAUCCGAUAUCGGUUGGUUAUACAGUUAUACUGAUCAAUUGCAAGGGCGCGARGCUUCAACCRGAUUCUUCACAUCAUGUCAGGAAGAAUGUUUKCAGUGAUUCUAACUAUUUGGCUUCUUGCAUUGGAGGUAACUGGAGAUCCUGUUCAUAGAACCAACUCUGACUCAGAACUUUCUCAAGAACGACUACCUCAGAGAUUGCCACGACAAGUCAAACCAACUGACCAGGGGCCAGCAACAGCGUGUGACGCACACGAGUACACAUGUGAUAACGCAAAGUGUAUUAACAAGAUUUUUCUCUGCGAUGGUGAUAAUAAUUGUCAUGACAAUAGCGACGAAAAGGAUUGUGGCGAGMGAGAGCCUGGUUCACGAUGUCCCCCAACGCACUUUGACUGUGGCACUCAUUCAUUUGUAUCAGACUUCAUUUGUAUCCAGAAAAGCUUUCACUGCGAUGACAGCUUAGACUGCGAUAAUAACAACGAUGAAAAGAACUGCAGUAAGUUGAUAGAAGAGUNAGCUUGCACUUCAAAAUAA